AUGGUCAACUACAAGCGCGUGGUCUGCGAGGUGGUCAUCCUAGCGGCGGUUGCAGCUGUCAGCAUUGCCGCGCCUGCUGCCAACUGUCCGGACAGGCACUUUGACCAAAGACAAAAUGGUACGGAGAACUAUCGGCUAAAUAUCGACGGCGUUGUUAUCGCGGUGGCUCCAGCUGAAUCGUUUCUCGCAGCUGCUUCUGACAUUGACUUAAGUGACCUCCUCGAUUUAGAGGAUUUCGGUGACGUGCCAGUCCAUAAGCCAAAACCUCCAUCUAACAGUGAUCUAAAUAAACCGGAAGACACGAAGCCACAAGACUCAAAGCGAGAGGCACCAGUAAAGCCUGCAGAUGGGCCUGUGAAACCAGCAGAUGCACCUGGUAAACCAGUAGAGGCGCCGCUAAGUGACGUAUCACUUAGCUCCGAACUUAAAAGCCAGAGAAAGGACUCGAGUGUAAGAAAACAGGAGAAGGCUCAAAGGUUGAAACAGAGGCUCGCUAAUAUGUUGAUACCUUUGCUGCGAAGAACCCGCCAUCAUUAG